AUGGUGCAGAGUUGGAGGGUGGUGGAGGAGGCGGAGACGCUUAGCGAUCAUCGCUACAUCCGCCUCGGAUUCUCCACCCCCGAACGUCGCCCGCCGAGCGGCCCACCGCCGCUGAGAUGGGCGCUGAAGAGGCUUGACAGGGACGCGCUGAUGGCCGCAGCCCUCGCUGUGACCUGGCCGGAGCAACCGGUCGGUCCAGUCGCGGAUUUAGGGGAGAAGGUAAAAUGGUUCCGGGGCACGAUGAAGGCGAUCUGUGACGUCGCCAUGCCCCGGGCCAAAUGCCUCCCCAGACGGGCCGUCUACUGGUGGUCGGGCGAAAUUGCCGACAUUCGGCAGAACUGCAACGUCGCCCGACGCCAGUGGCAAAGGGCCCGUCGGAGAAGGAACCGCGACCCAGCGGGGGAGGAAGAGCUGUACGGGUGCUACCGUGUAUUAGUGGUAGCUCUGCAGCUGGCCAUCAGGGAGGCCAAGUCCCGGGCAUGGCAGGAGCUCCUCGGCUCUCUGGAUGCCGAUCCGUGGGGGCGCCCUUAUAUGUGGGCAAUGGGCAAACUAAGGCCCUGGGCGCCCCCCGUGACGGAGAGCCUAGACCCCCAGUUCUUGGGCCAGGUGGUGGACACGUUGUUUCCUCGUGACGACGGUAGCCACCCCUGGCCCGCGCCGGUCCAAGUGGAAUGGACCGACGACAUGGGGGUCACAGAGGGGGAGCUAGCCAAGGCCGUUAGGCGCAUGGGGGCUCGGAACACCGCUCCGGGCCCCGACGGUGUCCCCGGCCGGCCUGGGUAUUGGCCCUGCGCGUCCUUGGACCGCGAUUGA